UACACACAACUUACAAAAUGGCGUUGCUCGGGAGAAGUUACCAGCUUGGGAAAAGUGUCACAAAACCAGGUCAUCUGGGUCUAUUGAUGACAUCACUGAAGGCUGUAUCAGCAGCGCCCUCUAGACUCUGUUCAUCGUACAAAUAUGUGAAUAAUGUAGAGCCUGGAGACAGUAUGAGGGAGAUCACAGACAGAGCGGCCACCAGACUAUUCUUCGGAGAGCUUGUAAGAGGUCUGGGAAUGACAAUGAGUUACCUGUUCCGUGAGCCAGCCACCAUUAACUACCCCUUUGAGAAGGGACCGUUGAGCCCAAGGUUCCGUGGUGAGCACGCCCUGAGACGUUACCCCUCGGGUGAAGAGAGGUGCAUUGCUUGCAAACUCUGUGAGGCUAUCUGCCCAGCACAGGCCAUCACCAUAGAGGCUGAGGCAAGAGCUGACGGUAGCCGGCGAACAACCCGUUAUGAUAUCGACAUGACUAAAUGCAUUUACUGUGGGUUCUGCCAAGAAGCCUGUCCUGUUGAUGCCAUUGUAGAGGGUCCUAACUUUGAGUUUUCAACAGAAACGCAUGAAGAGCUAUUAUACAAUAAGGAGAAACUCCUAAACAACGGUGAUAAAUGGGAAGCAGAGAUUGCCGGCAACAUCCAAGCUGAUCACUUAUACCGCUAGAAGUACACUUGCAUUGAUUAUCGAAGAGCAAUAGUCGCUUCUGAGGCCGAAUCCGAAUUGGUGUCUACAUCUAUUGGCUAUGGCUGUUGCUAAGGGUGUUGCUAAGGACGUCCUAUACCUCAAUGCAUGAUGACGCGGAAAUCUAGCCGUAGCCUGAGCUGUAGCCGCUGAUUCGGACAUGGCCUUAUCUUUAGAGAAACAAGGGUUCUAUUUAAUCUGGCUGCUAGCCAGUCGUAGACAUCAGUAUU